AUGUCAGUAUCGCAAACACCUAUGCCAGCGACGCCCACUACUGCAUUAUCUCCUCCGAUGAUAACGCCCGCCGCCGUGGCAAACGAAUCGUCCAAGGAUGUUACCUCGUUCUUACCCCCUGCAGCAGACGAUGACGAAGUGUGGAACGGCGUGUCGCACUUGUUCAGCAUGAUGCAUGAGCAUAUCGACCAGUUCUACCGCGACGUACAUGCCUGUAUCACUCCGAGUAUGGAACCUUCAAUCGCCAAGUUCGGUAUCAAAGACGUGGACAUGGCGGAACUCUUGCAAGAAUGUUCGAGUCCAACUGCGGCACUCAAGCAUGCGCUCGUAGCAUACGUACUGGGUAUAACAGGGCCAAAGCAAAAAGAAGACAGGGAAGGCACAUUAUUUCCAGAAGAGCUGGCGCACGUCGCCAAUGGCGCCGACGUUGGAUCAGGUAAACCUCCAUCCCUACCCCUCGAUCCACGGAAGGCAUUAAGCUCACACCCAAUCCUAGAUCCCGACUUCAUAGCCGCCACCUCUCUCCGCCGCCGCGUCUCCGUCUACCUCUACAGCACCAUAACCGGGUACCCGAACCGACGCAAAUCCUGGAUGGCACAGUCUGAAACACGCGAAGCAGCCGAACACUUCUCGCUUACCUUCUUCCCUUGGGCGAAUCCUACGUCUAGCGAUCAGGAUCGAGAUGAGGAUCUUGCUCGGAUUAUUACGGAUACGCUGACGGUGAGGAUAUGGUUGUUUGGGCAGUUGGAUACGUAUGAGUUUGAGUGGGAAGGGGUGGGAGAGAGGGGGAUUGUGAUUAAUCCCGAGUUGGUGAAGAGGAAAUGGAGGAGUGAUAGUAGAGAUGGGGGUGGGGAUGGGGAUGUGGUGGUACAUGUAGUGGAUGGGACUGUUGUUGCUAUGUAG